UUCGCCGAGGUCCCUAACCAAGAGCACGAAAUCGUGGAAGCACAACCUCCCAAUGACCAAUUGCAAAACUCGAAGCAAACAGAGCCCUGCCAAACUGAAACUACCCGACAGCCGCUGACGUCGGAGCAUCAGCAUGCUUUGCAAAUUCAGCAGACUGUUUGUCAAUCACAGAAACCACUCGGGUUAUAUGUGGACGGCUUCAGCGCUGCAAUCACCUCGGAGAACUUGAAGACUCACUUUCAACAGUUUGGUGAGGUGCUCGAGGUGGAUAUGUCUGUAGAUGACUCAACAAACGUGCCCAGUGGAAAUGCCUACAUUACACUGCAACCGACAGUAGAUCCCAACCAAAUCCUCGAAACAGAGCACGUUGUAUGCGGAGUGUCGAUCAACGUUGAGGAGUGUUAUUCAUCCAGCGAAUCUCAUAGUAACUCAGAAUGGUGA